AACUUUUCUCGAUGGUGGUCAAAACGUCGCGCUUUUGAUUUGUGGUAUAGAUUUUCGCUAAAUUUUCAAAUUUAAUCGCAUCGAAAUCGAUUCAAUUAUAGUGCAUUCGCUUCGUUCCCAGUGGUUGUCUUGAAAUAGUGUGCCGGUAGUUGCUGUUCUUCACGAUAAAAGGAUAAAUUUUGCGAGGAUGACACGGCGAAAGGCUUCGGAAAAGGCGAAAAGCUCACCGGAAAAGGUGUCUCGACGAUCUUCAAGGCGUGGUCGGAAAUCGCCGACAGCAAGUCCCGAACGAGAUGAUGCAUCAGGUAAAGAACAGCCAGACUGCCAGCGGGAAGCUGAGGAGCACAAAUCGGACGAUAGUGGCUCAGAGCAGGAGGAGGAGGAAGUGCGAAAAAGGAGUCGUGCUCGCAGGGGUACUAGAGCGAAGGCAUCCGAAGAGAAGACGGCUUCUCGACCUAGAAGGAGUUCCAGACGUAAGUCGCAAUCGGUUGAACCGUCUGAUAAGGAAGAAAGCGAGAGAGAGGAAAAUGGUGAACAUGCAGGUGAAAAAGACACUGCUGUAAUGGACACCAUUCCGGAGGAGAAACCCGAAGAGGUUCAGGAAACGGUUGUUGCUGGAACGAUAGAACCAGUGCCACUUGACGAACCGAAAGAGGAAAAAACUAAAGCUGAUGCAGAGCCGGAUAUUGUAGACGAAAAUAAUCAUGAAGACGAGGACCGUGAAGUGGAAACCGAGCCUAACAAUCAAGCAGAAGUUGAACCUGAAGAACAACAAGAGGUUGAACGUACUAAAGCCGAUAUUUGUGAACAGUCUCGUGAGUCCGGUGAAGUGGAUUCGGAGAGUGUUCAGGAAGAUGAAAGUCAACAGGCACCUUCGAAGACAGAGGAACCCCCCAAAGAAGCUUCCCCUGAAAAGGAAGCUUCUGAGGAGGAAUCCUCGUCAGAGAAAGAUAAUCGUAAAUCAGAAUCACCGAAACCAAAACCGAAACCGGUGCGCAAAUCUCGUUUCCGAUCACGUUCUAAGUCUCCUGUACGCAUCGAGACGAUCACCCACAUCUUGGAAAUAAAACAGAAUGAUGGUGAUGAUAAAAAUGACGACGAAUUGGAAGCUGGAGAAAUUAAGGAUGACGAAGUUCCGAAGCGCAGUCCUGAGAAACCCACUGAAGAAAAACCUUUACGAAGGCCAUUGCAGCGAAAAAGACGCUGGUUAUCGUCGAAAACAGACACGAAAGCGUCGGUUAUAACAAUUUCUACUGACUCAUUGAAAAACAUCAUUUCCGAACCGGUCAAACCGGUUCCACUGUCGGACGUUAAGCUGGAAUCCUCUCCAGAACCGGAGGAAAUAGUUGACAGCAACGAAGAGCAAGCGCCCGGUGAACGACGCCGCUCCAAGGACAAGCUAGCAAUCAAAUCCUCCGAAAAAGAACACAUCGAGGAAUCGGAUUAUAAAGCGAAACCGUUGGACAAACUGCUGGGCAAUCGUAAGAUAAGCAUUGUCAGUGAUGAUGGAAAUACGGCGAUAGCUAGACCCCCAAGUCCAGCGAAGCAUCAUUCCAGCAACAUAUUGUACAUAACGAAUCUGGUACGACCGUUCACGGUGCUGCAACUGAAAAGCUUGUUGGCUCGUACCGGUAAAAUAGUUGAAAAUGGCUUCUGGAUCGAUAAGAUCAAGUCGAAGUGUUACGUAAAGUACGAAACGGAAGAUGAAGCGGUCGAAACCCGUCACGCACUACAUGGCGUCCGGUGGCCGGCAUCGAAUCCUAAAAGUUUGCACGUCGAUUUCGGAACUGAAACUGCCAUGGAGAAGGCAAUCAUUUCGACGCUGGAUGAUGCCGGAACUACCCGAAUUACGAUCGACAAUUCGAAGGACGCCAAGGACUUCGGAUGGAGUCGGGAUACAGUGAAGCAGGAUGAGGUCCGACCGGUGCGUGAGUGGGAUCUUGGAAAGAAGGAUACCUUCGACCGCGAAGAUCGCGAUAGAGGAGCAGAAGGGGAUAGGAUUGGCCGCGAUAGGGAACGAGAGCGUGAACGGGACCGCGACCGGGACAGGGAACGGGAUCGCAGUGGUCGCGGCGACGAGGGACGCGGGGAUCGUGGCAGACGGCGUUCGGCGGAGCGGGAAUUUGGACGGGGAGACAGGGAGCGGAGACGUGGCAGUACCAGUGUAUCACCAGCGAGGAAGUUUAAGAAAAAGGAGAAUGAACCUCCCAUCAGACUGUUGGAUGAUCUUUUCAGGAAAACCAAAACGACACCUUGCAUCUAUUGGCUGCCGCUGACUGUUGAACAGAUGGCUGCAAAGGAAGAGCAGCGUCGCAAGGAUAUGGCUGAGAAUCAACGCCGGCAAGAGGAGGCACGCAAGCAAGAGGAAGAACGCCGCAAAGAGCGCGAACGACGUGAUCGGGAGCGGCGCGAGCGACCCCGUUCGAACUCGCGUGAUCAUCGCCGUCGUUCGCGAUCUCGGGACGAUGGUCGGCGUCGGCACAGAUAAACGUCCGACCGCCACCGCCGCGCAAGCGAAGCGAGUAAGAGAACCAACCAACUACUGCUGCAGAGAUCGUGAACGGAUCAAGGAUGUUGCCGAUACGAGCGGUGAGAGAGACAGAGAGAAACAUGUUUUGGGAGAUCCCGUUCGUCAUUUCAUGUGACCAGCGACGAAUCCGAAUAGGGUCUGUGCAGAAUGUUAUUGUUUCAUUUAACCUUUGCCUCUUACUCCCAGAAUUUUAGCGUUUCCCGGUCCUUGAUCCCAGUUUUUUUUUCUGGUUCUAUGCUUCUUUUUAUUUUGCAGUCAAUUGAACAUCUUUUUUUCAUGCGAGUUUUUAAAGUUCGCUAUCAGUUUUUAAAUUCUAUCUAGAGUUUAAUGUGACUUCCAAAAAUUAUUGAUUUUUAAGUUUAUUGCAGGACGUUAGCCUUGAGGAUGAUUUUUUUCCAAUGUAGCAAACAAUUGUUUCGUUUUUGGAAGCAAAACAGUAUUUGCUACGCAUCGUCAUUCUUAUUAACUGAACCUAUUUCACAAUUUACUAAUUACUUUUCUACGAAAUAAGAUACUUUUUAUAAUUUAUGAAGAAAUUAUAAGUACAUAGAUAGGAAUAGUACAGCCCGCGCAGUAAUUUGAAUAGUUCAGCAGUUCACCCAAUCCCGGGACAGGAAUCCGAUUUGAUAACUAGAGGAAACGGAGUUGCAGUUACACAUUGACCGAGACAGCAAAACAAGACCCUUAUCACCAACCCAGCACCAAAAAUGACAGCUCAAUAAGCAACCUUCUCUUCUGUAUAUUGUGUAUUUCUAUCAGAAGCUGAACUCACUCGAGAAGGCACGCACAUAUUCUCUGGGAUACCCGUGGUACCUAUUUCACUACUGCCACCGGUGAGCGAUGUCCAAUCUACUGAAUCUGAUCUGGGUCUAUGUUCAAAAUGAAGGCGAAAUCAAUUUGAGAGGAGAACGGAAGCUAUCAGAAGCACAUGCAACCAUCAUUCCAAUCGAAACCAUUCGUUGACGUUGGCGACUUUUUCCGCUAGAUGGAUACUGUUGAUCGUGAUCGUGUCACUAAAAACAACCAACAAACAACUUAAGAAGAUUACUCGGAAACGAUUGGAAACCAACGCUGGAUCGGAAUACAACUCAAACAUCCACAAACAUUAGCAGACGGUGACUAACUCAUCACUCUUGAGCGCAAAUCAUCACUGGAACAAACUCGGAAAUGUCUUCUGUCUCUGUGUAGUAAGACGCGUCGCUGUGCUGAUGAAGUCGCCGCACAUCGUCGGCAUCAUUGAACAUCGUUGGAAGUUUCUUUUCGUGUGGAUACUAAAUGAAUUAAACAUAGACAACCUGAAUGAAUGCAAACUAUAAUUUGUAGUGAGUAAAAUGUCAUCUUUCUGUUUUUUGUAAAACCGUAAGCUUGAACACACAACACGUAGCGUUCUUGGCGGUGAGUGAAGUGUAGCGCACCGAAAGAGUUUUUUUUACGAAUGAAAAUUCGUCAAUAAGUAAUGCAUAAUCUAAUCGUAUUGAAUACCAUUUUGAUUCCUACAGAGGAUAAGAAUAAAACACUAAAAUU